GGCGCCGCCCGGGAGCAGAGCCGCGCGGGCCCCUGGCGACCCGCACGCCAUGGGGGACGAGGACGAGGACGAGGGCUGCGCCGUGGAGCUGCGGAUCACCGAAGCCAACCUGACCGGGCACGAGGAGAAGCCUACGGGAAGGUGUUCCUGGUGCGGAAAGCAGUCGGGCACGAUGCAGGGAAGCUGUAUGCCAUGAAGGUGCUGCGUAAGGCAGCCCUGGUGCAGCGCGCCAAGACGCAGGAACACACACGCACCGAGCGCUCCGUGCUGGAGCUGGUGCGCCAGGCACCCUUCCUGGUUACGCUGCACUACGCCUUCCAGACGGACGCCAAGCUGCACCUCAUCCUGGACUAUGUGAGUGGAGGCGAGAUGUUCACCCACCUCUACCAGCGCCAGCACUUCAAAGAGGCUGAGGUGCGAGUGUAUGGGGGCGAGAUCGUGCUGGCCCUGGAGCACCUGCACAAGCUGGGUAUCAUCUACCGAGAUCUGAAGCUGGAGAACGUGCUGCUUGACUCCGAGGGCCACAUCGUCCUCACAGACUUUGGGCUUAGUAAGGAGUUCCUGACGGAGGAGAAAGAACGAACCUUCUCCUUCUGUGGCACUAUCGAGUACAUGGCCCCCGAAAUUAUCCGCAGCAAGUCGGGGCAUGGCAAGGCGGUGGACUGGUGGAGCCUGGGCAUCCUGCUCUUUGAGCUGCUGACCGGGGCCUCGCCCUUCACACUGGAGGGCGAGAGGAACACACAGGCAGAGGUGUCCCGACGGAUCCUGAAGUGCUCCCCUCCCUUCCCCCCCCGGAUCGGGCCCGUGGCACAGGACCUGCUGCGGCGGCUACUUUGCAAGGACCCCAAGAAGCGGCUGGGCGCGGGGCCCCAGGGUGCGCAGGAAGUCAAGAACCACCCCUUCUUCCAGGGUCUGGAUUGGGCUGCUCUGGCUGCCAGGAAAAUUCCAGCCCCAUUCCGACCCCAGAUCCGCUCGGAGCUGGAUGUGGGCAACUUUGCAGAAGAAUUUACUCGGCUGGAGCCUAUCUACUCACCCCCCGGCAGCCCCCCGCCUGGGGACCCUCGCAUCUUCCAGGGAUACUCCUUCGUGGCGCCCUCCAUCCUGUUUGACCAUAACAACGCGGUGAUGAUGACGGAUGUGCUGGAAGCAUCUGGCGCUGGAGACCGGCCCGGCCGGGCAGCAGUGGCCAGGAGCGCCAUGAUGCAGGACUCGCCUUUCUUCCAGCAGUACGAGCUGGACCUGCGGGAGCCCGCGCUUGGCCAGGGCAGCUUCUCCGUGUGUCGCCGCUGUCGCCAGCGCCAGAGUGGCCAGGAGUUCGCGGUCAAGAUCCUCAGCCGCAGGCUGGAGGCGAACACGCAACGAGAAGUGGCUGCCCUACGGCUUUGCCAGUUGCACCCAAACGUGGUGAAGUUACAUGACGUGCAUCACGACCAGCUGCACACGUACCUGGUCCUGGAGCUGCUGCAGGGCGGGGAGCUGCUGGAGCACAUCCGCAAGAAGCGGCACUUCAGCGAGUCCGAAGCGAGCCAGAUCCUGCGCAGCCUCGUGUCGGCAGUGAGCUUCAUGCACGAGGAGGCGGGCGUGGUGCAUCGGGACCUCAAGCCCGAGAACAUUCUGUACGCCGAUGACACGCCCGGAGCCCCCGUGAAGAUCAUCGACUUUGGGUUCGCGCGGCUGCGCCCGCAGAGCCCCGCGGGGCCCAUGCAGACGCCCUGCUUCACGCUGCAGUACGCGGCUCCCGAGCUGUUGGCGCAGCAGGGCUACGACGAGUCCUGCGACCUCUGGAGCCUCGGUGUCAUUCUGUACAUGAUGCUGUCGGGGCAGGUCCCCUUCCAGGGGGCCUCAGGCCAGGGUGGGCAGAGCCAGGCGGCAGAGAUCAUGUGCAAGAUCCGCGAGGGGCGCUUCUCUCUUGACGGGGAGGCCUGGCAGGGCGUGUCUGAGGAAGCCAAGGAGCUGGUCCGAGGGCUCCUGACGGUGGACCCCGCCAAGCGGCUGAAGCUCGAGGGGCUGCGGGGCAGCUCAUGGCUGCAGGACGGCAGCGCCCGCUCCUCGCCCCCGCUCCGGACACCGGACGUGCUGGAGUCCUCCGGGCCAGCUGUGCGCUCGGGGCUCAACGCCACUUUCAUGGCCUUCAACCGGGGCAAGCGCGAGGGCUUCUUCCUGAAGAGCGUGGAGAACGCGCCGCUGGCCAAGCGGCGGAAACAGAAGCUGCGGAGCGCCGCCACCUCCCGCCGCGUCUCCCCCGCGCCCGCCGCCCCGGGCAGGGCCCCCGCCGCCAAGGGAGCCCCCAGACGAGCCAACGGCCCCCUGCCGCCCUCCUAGCCCCCGCCACAGCGACCCCUCCUUCCCCCAUAGGGGCUGUGACCUGGGAGCCUCGGUAUUGGCCCCGCGCCAUCCCCAGGGAUUGCCCUUCCCUCCCCUUCCCCCCACCCCACUCCCAGACAGAGCAGAAGUAUUUUUAUAAGCAGAGAAUUUUUUAUGUCUUACCAGAUAGAGUUAGAGAUGCAGGGAGGGAGG